CACCAGUCUGUCUGUUCAACCAAUCAAAGCGUCAACAAUUCCUGUUUGUGAAACGCUGUACAUUUUCCAGUUCUUACGUUCACAAUCGACAGAUUCCAACUAUACAGCAACAGCCGAUUCGUACUUAGUAGGUUGAAGAAAGCAACGAAUCGAAGAGAGGGUGAACAGGAAAAGCUAGAUGGGGACAUUAGAAACAUGGAGAAAAGCAUAUGGAUGUGGAUGUGGCGAUCGUCAAGGCUACCAAUCAUGUGGAGCAACCGCCAAAAGAGAGACACCUCAGAAAAAUUAUGGCGGUCACAUCGGCGAUGCGGCCUCGUGUUGAUGUUGCCUACUGCGUACAUGCACUUUCGAGACGACUGGCAAAAACACACAACUGGACGGUUGCAUUGAAGACUUUAAUAGUUAUUCAUAGAACACUGAGAGAAGGUGAUCCUAUAUUUAAAGUGGAACUUCUGAAUUUCCAAAAGAGAGGCCGAGUCCUCCAAAUGUCCAAUUUCAAAGAUGAUUCAAGCCCUGUUGCUUGGGAUUACUCUGCCUGGGUAAGGACAUAUGCACAGUUUCUAGAAGAACGUCUUGAAUGUUUUAGGAUUCUUGGGUAUGACAUUGAAGCUGAACGGCUUCCUGGAAUCGCACAAGGGCAAGAUAAGGGUUAUAGUAGAACUAGAGACUUGAGUAGUGAAGAACUUCUAGAGCAGUUGCCUGCUUUACAACAACUACUCUAUCGUCUUAUUGGAUGUCAGCCUGAAGGAGUGGCAGUAGGGAACUACCUGGUUCAGUACUCUCUUGCUUUGGCACUCAAAGAGAGUUUCAAAAUAUAUUGUUCCAUAAAUGAUGGGAUAAUCAAUCUUGUUGACAAGUUUUUUGAGAUGCCAAGGCAUGAAGCCGUCAAAGCGCUGGAUGUUUAUAAAAGAGCAGGGCAGCAGGCUGCUGGCCUUUCUAAUUUUUAUGAUAUUUGUAAAGGGCUUGAGCUUGCUAGAAACUUCCAGUUCCCUGUGUUGAGAGAGCCUCCACAGUCCUUUCUGGUAACGAUGGAAGAAUAUAUAAGAGAAGCUCCUAGAAUGGUUUCGGUUGCCAGUGUGGCCUUGGAAUAUCCUGAAAGGCUAUUGCUGACAUACAAGCAAGAGGAUGCUCCUCCACCUCCCGAAGAUACAAAAGAGCUGGUGGAGGAAGCCAUGCCACCACCAUCCGCCGAAGUCCCCAUCUCAGCUAAUGAGGCAGCAGUUUCUCCACAUCCACCUGCUAACUUGGAAUUUGAUGAUCUAUUGGGGUUGAACGUUACCGUACAAGAUGCAUCUGCAAUCGAGGAAACCAAUGCGUUGGCUCUAGCUAUUGUUCCAUCUGGCACUGCAACAGUUGAACCCGAUGCCUCCCAAGCAAAAGGGUUCGAUCCCACUGGGUGGGAACUUGCGCUAGUAACGACUCCCAGCACGAACUUAUCAUCAGUACAGGAGCGGCAAUUGGCGGGAGGACUGGAUUUACUCACACUCGACAGCUUAUACAACGAAGGCAUGUAUAGAGCAUCCCAACAACCGGUUUAUGGUGCAGCUGCUCCAAAUCCGUUUGAAGCUAGCGAUCCAUUCGCAAUGUCGAACACUGUUCCUAUGCAUGCAGCAGCAGCUCAAAUGGCAGCUAUACCUCAAAAUCAUAACAAUCCAUUUCAAUCUGUAUAUCUGCAAACACAACAGCAUCAACAUCUCCUGAUGGGCCAACAAAAUCCUUUUGGUGAUACGGGGUUCGAAGCGUUUCCUGCUGCAUAUCAUCAAACUACUAAUCCAUUUGGGAGUAGUGGUCUUUUAUAAGAGAAGUUAUAGUCACAUAGAAUGCAAUUUGUUAGGUUCAUUGAUAUUGAUAGAGAAUGAAAUUGUAAUAGUUUGCAAAUUGUGUAUACGUGUGUUGAGACUAGAGAGAGAUGCAGUUGUAUCUGCUAUUUGUUUGUAUUUAAGGUGAAGUUCACCAUAUAUUUGAAUGAAUGAAAAUUAAAGUAAAGUCUGCCGUCCCCGUCCUAAUCAA